AUGAGACUUUUCUCAUGAGAGCUACCUUCAUAUGCAAAAGAAAGACUAUCUGCUUAACCAAAAGUCUAUAAUUAGAAGCAACUUGACAUCAGAUUAGUUGAGCUUGAGCAGUGAAGAAAAUGACUGCAGAAAUAUUGUAUGAUUCAAUCUUUGCUAGGAGUUUCAAUCGGUACGAGCAGAAGAAGUUUGGAUAUGGAGCAAUGUUGGGUUGUCUCUUCAUUGCAUUAAGCUUCUGGCUUUUGUUCAACCCUCAACUGGGUCCACUAUCAGCUCUGAAUCUUCGGUUGUCAGUUGGUACUGGUCUCAAAAUGCUGAGCAUCACAGACUACUCUGCCGGCAGCCUCCAGAUGCUAUGGGAUGUUAACGAAACAAGCAGCUCUAAGAUAGGGAUGAUUAACAGCACAGAGUACAGCUCUGGAAUUAGUGGCCCCUAUAUGUCAUUGAUGAAUGAAACAAGCAGCUCACAAAUACAAAUGAUGAAUUAUACAGGCAGGUUGAGAAAGCCGACCAUAGACGAAAGAGUUAGCAGCUCGCUCUCGCCACUCAUGAACAACAUAAGCAGCUAUCAAAAAAGCAUUGAUCCUGUGGAGAAGAAAUCAGAGCUAGUGUGUACUAUGGAGGAGAGAACGGAUGUCUGUGAAAUCAAUGGAGAUAUAAGGAUUGAUCCAAGUUCUUCCUCUGUUUUCAUUGUUUCAUCUGACCAAGAAAAUUCUGGUAACAGCUCAUGGACUAUCAAGCCUUAUGCUAGGAAGGGGGACGAAGAAGCCAUGAAAAUUGUCAGGCAAUGGUCGGUGACAUCAGUUACCAGCAACAAUAUUUCAGUCCCUCAAUGCUCUCAAUCUCACAAUGUUCCGGCCAUCCUUUUUUCCACUGGAGGAUAUGCCGGUAACAACUUCCACGACUUCACUGACGUUGUUGUUCCUCUGUUUUUAACGGCUAGGAAGUUUAACGGGGAAGUUAAGUUUUUGAUAACCAACAGAUGGCAGAGAUGGGUUGCAAAGUUCCAGAAGCUUCUGGAGAAUCUUUCUAGAUAUGAGUUCAGCGACAUUGACAACGAAAAGGAAGUUCAUUGCUUCCCCAGUGUGAUCAUCGGACUGAAACGUCACCCCAAAGAGCUGAAGAUCGAUCCUUCGAAAUCUCCAUACUCCAUGAGAGACUUCAGGGUUUUUCUGAGAAAUUCAUAUCCUUUAAAGAAAUCUAGAGCUAUCAAGAUGAGCGAUGGGAAGAAGCAAAGGCCUCGGCUUCUGAUCAUUUCAAGGAAGAGGACGAGAACUUUCAUGAAUACGGAGGAGAUCGCCAGAGCAGCCAGGAGGCUGGGGUUCAAAGUGGUGGUGGCGGAACCAGACACGAACAUGUCUAAGUUCUCGGAGAUUGUGAAUUCUUGUGACGUUUUGAUGGGAGUUCACGGUGCUGGGCUCACCAACAUGGUGUUUUUACCUGAACAUGCAGUUUUGAUUCAGGUGGUGCCCUUUGGUGGAUUCGAGUGGUUGGCCAAAGCCUACUUCGAAGAACCUUCCAAGGACAUGAAUUUAAGGUACUUGGAAUACAAGAUUAAGACCGAAGAGAGCAGUUUGAUUCAGGAAUUUCCGGCAGGGCACGAGAUUUUGAGUAACCCAAUUUCCAUUUCAAAACAGGGUUGGUAUGCAUUCAAGUCUGUUUAUUUGGACAAACAGAAUGUGAGACUUGAUGUCAAUAGGUUCAGACCCACAUUGCUAAAGGCUCUUGAGCUUUUACACCAGUAACCAUAUGUUACUUUUGCCCUAGAGAUGAUAAAAAACGAUAUGAAGAAAAUAAGUUUUUAAGAUAAUUUUGAGCUUUUAAGAUUGAAUUUUGAAUGACUUGAAUUAAUUGAUAAUGAAGAAAAUAAGUUUAAAGAUGGUAAUAUGGUAUGGUAUUGGUAAAACAAGUUUCAUUACCAUUAAAAACGGUUGGCAUCC